CUCUCAUUUUGUGCUGUGCUGUGUCGUGGUGUCGAUCGAGAUGGGGAGGAGGAUUCUGAACGAUGCAUUGAGGUCGAUGGUCAAUGCCGAGCGGAGAGGCAAAGCUGCGGUGGAGCUCAAGCCCAUCUCCACCGUCAUCUCUUCUUUUCUCCAAAUCAUGAAAAACCGUUAUGUCAAGAAUUUUGAAGUCUAUGAUCCGCAUAGAGUCGGGAGGAUAACGGUUGAGCUACAAGGUAGGAUUAAUGACUGCAAGGCCCUCACAUACAGACAAGACCUCAAGGCAAGGGAUAUUGAAGCUUACAGAUUGAAAACUCUUCCAACUAAUCAGUGGGGUUAUGUUGUGAUUUCGACACCAGAUGGUGUUUUGGAUCAUGAAGAGGCGAUUAGGAAGAAUGUGGGCGGUCAGGUUCUUGGUUACUUUCAUUAAAAAUAAUCACUACCAUGUUAUUUUUGGUUUGAUAAAUAUUUAGUGUAUUUGAUCAUGGAAUGUUUUAUUCAGAAAUGGAGGUUUUGUUUUUUUUUUGGCCUUUUAUAGUAGUUCAUGAUGCAUGAUGAGCGUGAUGGAUUGAGUUUCAUGCUCGGUGGAAAUUAGUCCUGUUUUUGUUGAAUAAUAGACUGGACUUGAACAAAUAUCAGAUGACCUACAUAGUGUUGUUUAAUUCAGAGUUUCACAUAUGUGGUCCUUAUUUAAUUCAACCACUCUA